AUGAAGGUUCAACUCUUGCCGCUCGUUGCUCUCUUCGCAUCUCAGGCUUUUGCCGCGUGCGGUAGCGACGAAACCGAGCUCUUCGAUCUUCAAGUCACCGACGGAACAAACCAAUGCAGGAACUUUGGUUGCUACAAGGCCUGCACCUUCCCCGGUGGUAGCGGUUCAUGUAACGGCUGCACCCAGUCCGUUUCCACUGACACCAUUCGCCCGCUCGGCGGCAGCUACUGCUGCAAAGGGCCUCUCACUGGUUUGACAAACACUUGUGUUACAUCUUGCCCCGCAGGUAAGAGUAGCCAACCUACGGACGAAAUGCGAAUCGAAAGGUCAAAACAGGAACUAAUCUGUGGGUUUCACGCAGGAACGAACAGCAAGCGAGCGAUUACGUACAGCGAAAUGAGACCAUUUCAGGCCUGA